UAAUCAAGCUGUUGCUCAAAUCGUCUGUUGUAGAGGAAUAGUAAACAAGUAUACCGUUACUCAGAAUUAGAAUAUUCUUCACUGAUAUGCUAUUUGAGAAUUUUGACGCUCAGUAUUACGCAAAUCGGAAUUUGCGUUAGGGAUUUAAGAGCAAAAUUUCGUUAAUAGUAUUGAAUUGAAUUUAUAUUUAAUUUAGAAAAGACCAUUAGAAACACCUUGUAGUUGUACUUGAUACAGCGCCUGUGUUACGCAAAUUUCAACUGUCUAAUUUGUAAUCAAUAUGGAAAGAUACAAUUCAAUGGAAAGCUUACCAGAAUCUUGGGGAGAGUUUAAUAUGGCAAGUAGAGAAAGUACUCGUGCCUGCACCACUCCUGUGCUGCUUGGGGGAUCCGGUAUCAAUGGAAACAUUGAAAAAAUGCUGUGGGAAGCUCAACGUGAGAGUAAUCAAUCUUCGGCAAUAGCAAGUAGAAAAUCCUCUCAUGGCAACAGUCCAAAGAGUCCCCACAGCCCAGUGAUUGAGCCAUCACACACUCCCAAUGAACUGCUCAUCAUUAAUAAAGAGGACCUGCUUGUUGGGAGGAGGCAAGUUGCCACAGAUUGGAUAUGGGACUGGAGCAGCCGACCCGACCAGCUUCCUCCCAAAGAGUGGAAAUUCAAGCAUCCCCAACGAGCUGGCUUGAGCUUGCGGCAUUCUAAGGUUGUCAAGCAUGGUCUCUUCUCUACAGAAGUACUGUCAAUAUUAGUGCUUACUAACCUUCUGUCUUUGAUCUUGGGUGCAGGAAUAGGGCUCUUCAUUGGACGUCGGUUAGGAACUAGUAUUUCGGCAAUAGGUACAGAUUGAUUUGUCAAAAUGAAAUUAGAAAGAUGUUUUCAGCACGAACUGAUUGUUGGGUGGACACAGAAAUUAUAUUCAAUAGUGUACUGCACUGAAUUUUUAUCACGUCUAUGGCUGUUGUUCUUCCUCUGUGUAAUAAGUCUGUGACUCAGUUAUUACAGGAAAAAACAUGAAAAUCUUUCAUGCAUAAUGGUUCUAACAUUGGCUUAGUAACUAGUAAACUACUUAUACUUUUAUAGCUUACAUGCACAUAUACAACAUGUUACAAAUAUGUAAAGAUACAACUUAACAUUAUCAACACUAUUCAUGGUUCAGUUUUGAAUCUGGCACGGUGUUUCAAGCUUACUUUCACCACGACAGGUAAUGGUUCGAAAAAUAAAUUUUGCUACCCCACUACAUCCUUUUUAUCUACUUCACUUUUCUUUUAAGUAUCUAUGAUCUAUUCUCCGUCCAUUCACAUGAACUAAAACUGUUCCGGAAAACGAUAGUCUCAAACUAACAUCUAGGUGAGUAGCUUUGCUGAUAUUUCUAUCUAGUUCUUCCCAAGCUUUGCUUUCAAAACUAGCAUGGGUGUUUCCACAUCAUGAGCAAUCUCUCAAACAUGUGAAGUCCACAAGAGGUGUUACAUCUGAGUGCACCUAUUGUUAUUAUACAUGACAUUGUUACAUCUGAGUGCACCUAUUGUCUCUAUACAUGACAAUUACAUCUGAGUGCACCUAUUGUCUCUAUACAUAACAUUGUUACAUCUGAGUGCACCUAUUGUCUCUAUACAUACAUUGUUACAUCUGAGUGCACCUAUUGUCUCUAUACAUGACAGUUACAUCUGAGUGCACCUAUUGUCUCUAUACGUGACAUUGUUACAUCUGAGUGCACCUAUUGUCUCUAUACAUGACAUUGUUACAUCUGAGUGCACCUAUUGUCUCUAUACGUGACAUUGUUACAUCUGAUUGCAUCUAUUGUCUCUAUACAUGACAUUGUUAUAUCUGAUUGCACCUAUUGUCUCUAUACAUGAUAUUGUUACAUCUGAGUGCACCUGUUGUCUCUAUACAUGAUAUUGUUACAUCUGAGUGCACCUAUUGUCUCUAUACAUGACAUUGUUACAUCUGAGUGCACCUAUUGUCUCUAUAUAUGUGACAUUGUUACAUCUGAGUGCACCUAUUGUCUCUAUACAUGACAUUGUUACAUCUGAGUGCACCUAUUGUCUCUAUACGUGACAUUGUUACAUCCUCUUAUAAUAUCUUUCACUUGAAAUUUGAAGGAGUUAACUCUCAGCAGAUAAUUUACUGACACAGUUCAUUCUGAAACCCAAGUACAUACUGAAAAAGUCAAGACAUUUUAGUUUUUAAUACAGUGAAACCUUGUUAGUUGGAACACAUUUGUAAUGAAGUAGUUUUUUCAGAUCGAAAUAUUAGGAUAAUCGAAUCAGUCACUUUUGAACAUAAUAAUAGCAUGCAUUAUUGAACAAUAAAUGUAAGGGUGAAAACUACUAAAGGGAAGCAUGCAACUGGUUCAAAAAAAAUAUCCAAUAAACUUAUUAGUAUAUCACGUUAUACGUAUUGAUGUGCAUUGCAUAAUCAGUGGCAUGUUAUAUCAUUAUCUUCACAUAUAAACAAACAAUUCACUUGAAUGAUGCUGAUAUCUCUACACAUCUUUAUUGUGAAGCACUAUGACUGCAGCAUAAAUUAUUGAUGACAUCUCGAUAUCUGUUAUAGUUUAUAUAUACAUCUAUAUUAUGAAGACAUUAUUAUAUACCAGUACUCAUUAAUUCUAAUAAUCUGUUACCCACUGCAAGUGCAUGUGUUUUGUGAUCAGUAAUUUUCUGUUCUAAUAGAUCCUUCCCUACUUGACUCGUGUCUAGUUCCAUGCAGAUUACUAAAUCAUGUAUCCAUAGAAAACAUGUUUAUUAUAAGAGAUAGCUUUCAGAUUCUGAAUGCAAAUUUACAGUUUAUGGAUAAUAUUUCCCAUUAUGAAGACUUGCUAGAUAUAAGAUUAUCUAGAUUGUGGAUUUUUGAUGUCUGCACUAACUAGGUUUCACUGUAUAUAAUACUGCAGUUGAAAAUAGAAGGACUCUCUGUUAUGUAGUAAACACAUUUCCUAGUUUUUCAUCAUUAAAAUAAACCUUAAUUACAAAUUUAGCACAUGCUCACGUAAUAUCAGUAAUAAUAAUAAUACAAGUUCUUUUUUAAUCAAAGUCUCGGUGGGCUUGCUAAGACAAUAAGUUUUAGUUACAAAGAAAUUUAAAAACAACGUACAAUCUCGUAUAGUUUGUAUAAAUGUUUUACUUUUAUUCAUUUUAACAUUCUUUGAAGAAUCUCUGUAAUUGUUUUUAUAAACCAAAUAUAAAAUCAGAAUUAUUGUUCUACCAUAGAGGCUUGUUUAUUAUUUAAGUUUCAAAAGCAACUAAUCAUAACAUUGUGAAGUUUUAUAUUUUGUGAUUGAUAAUAGGACAACAUACAAUCUUUCUUGUUUAGAAAGCUUAAUGACUUGCAGUAGUAGUAUAGUUAUUUUCUAUGUAUUUGUGUCUACUUUUUUGCUUGAUAUGUUUCAGCUAUAAUGUAGUCUUUGAAUAUCUGCUGUUACUAUACAUUGCUUGAUUAUUGAUAUAAUAAAAUUAAUUACAAGGUUUUAUAAUCAUAUUUAUCUUUUUAAUAUAUAAAAAUGUGGGAGUUAAAUGGUAUAUCACAGCUGUUUAAAAAAAAAAGUUUAAUCCGUAUUCGUUAAUAUGCAAUUAUUCCACUUAUGUAGAUCAAGGUAUGACCAACACUAUUGUAUUUAUUUCAGUUAAUAUAUUAAAUGGGUAAAAGCUUUGUGAUUAAGCUUUAUAAAAGCCAUUUCUUUAAUUUUAGCAGAAAUCUUGAAUGUCAGAAGUUUUUUGAAGGAUAUAUAUAUCUAGGUUAUGGUUUUUUAUUUAAAAUGUGUUAAUUAUGUACAUAAACUUUGAAGUUUACUUUUGAAUUUAGAAAAGUAGUUGGGCAUAUUCUGAAACAGUAAAUUAUAUUUUAGAUGUCUUAGUUCUUAAUGAAAACUAUAACAAACUAACUGUUCUGUUGUUUUCCUAAUAGAAAUAAAAUUGUCAUUGCUUUUCUAUUGUAAGCAUUGUGUGGUUAUAAAUAAUAUAUAAUUGUAUGGUAUUUCAUAGAAUUUGCAUAUAAUAGAAUAAAUGGGCAUUAUUAUGAAUGUA